UAUGAGCAGUGAGAUGUGAUCAGCCAGUAACUACACACCCGUCUGCUAACACUCAUCCCAAACACAGGACAACCCGAGCCGGGGUCACCUUACUAUGGCUGCGUAUACAGACGGGAUGAACAAAUGGUGUCUGCCGGGCUGGAGGAUAGAACAGAAAUACUCCAACCAAGUGCUGAUUGGAAACUGGGAAGAAGAGAGGAAAAAGUUUAAAAGACGUGUCCUCCCGACAUCCAGCAGCUGCUAUGAAAUUGACUUUCUUCGGUUCCCGGACAGUAAACCUGACCGGAAUCAGAGAAGAUAUUAUUUGAAAAGAAUGGAGGGUUUACCAAAGCAACAUGUACUUUCCCACCAGGCAGAACCCCGAUCUAGGCAUCUAGUGUCGCAGUAUGAUGACCAUUACAUAAGACACGGAAACUCUACAUUGCCUCCUCUCCGCAGCUGGAAUAGUAACACCUUAGCCUGGCUUCCAGAGAGAUCCGACUUUCCUCUUAGAGAACCGCCAACCAACUUCGGUCUGUUACAAGAAAAGCAGAAACUCUGGGGAAAGCCUUCAGAAGAACUGAGAAGUGUCUAUUCAGCCUCUUAUAGGAAUCCGCCAACCUCUGCGUUCAUGGCCCCCCGAUAUGGUGUAGCUCCUCGCUUCCUGUCCAGCACUAUGCAUAAGAGCAACAAUACCAAUAAGGCUUUAGACUUUAAGUGUCAGGCAUAUCUCCAGGUUCCUGACCACCCUGUGGCAAAUGUCAAGAACGUGUUGGAAGAGCCCACAGCUUAAGUAUCACUGAUGCCUUCCUGCACCCAUGUCAA